GCUCCGCGGCAUGUGGGAUCUUCCCGGACCAGGGCUCGAACCCGUGUCCCCUGCAUUGGCAGGCGGAUUCUCAACCACUGUGCCACCAGGGAAGCCCAGGGGACCUUAUCUUAAUCUGGAUGCCUGAGGUCUCAAUUAUAUAGUUUAGGCUGUCACCUUUUACAUUUUUGUAGUUUACUUUUUUUAAUCUCCAAAUUGAUUCCUCAAUCAUUCAUCAAACCAACCUUUAUUAACUACCUCCACAUGCCAGGCCCUGUACUAGGCCCCAUGAAGACAAAUGUGCCUUCACAGAGCUCAGGGUCCAUUGGAGAAUUUAUCAUCUGUCUCCCCCACUGGAAUGUGAGCUCUGAUGAAGACAGGGGCCUUUUCUUGGUGGCUGCUCUAUUUAGCAUUUAGAAUAUUGCCUGGGCCCAAACACAUUAUUUCUAAAUAAGUAAUAUUGAAUAGACAAAGGAAUGUGUUGUAUGAAGGGCAGGCAAAUCAGGGGUGGUACUCCCCACAACAAUUUUUUGUUUUUAAUUAGGAGUCCCCCUGGUGGUCACAGGGGGAAAAACAUGGAGGGAAAGGCUACAGGAAGCGAUGAAAGAAAUAGCGUCGUCUCCUGUUCUCAGUUCCCUGUCCAUAAACUUUUUAAAACUGUUCCUGUCUCUGUGUAUAUUUUCUUUUGAGGGGAAGGAAUGUCCCAGAUUCUCAAGGAGUCGGGGCCCCAAUCACUCACAAGAUGCUUCCCAGCUCCCACAGUUCAUGGAUUCUUGCCCUGUCUCACUUCGAUGCUCCCUCACAUCCUGGAGUUCCCUGGGGUCCCUGUCCAGUGGGAUUCUGGAACCACCACUUCCAUCCCUAGCCGUGGGUUCCCCAUUUCCUAGUGCUGGAAUGUUCCCUGGCUUGCUGACUGUGACCUUAGGCAAGUCGCUUGCAAUUUCGCAGCCCUAGUUCCCUCACUGGCAGAAUAGGAAUGGUAAUUCUCACCUCCUAAAAUUGUUGUGUGGAUUAAAUAAAACAUGCCAGCAAAACGCUAACCACGAUUCGUGGCCUAUAGUCUGUAAACGUUCGGUAGGUUGGUGGUUAUUUAAACCCUCCUCCUCUGGCGCUGGGAGCGUCAGUCUCCCUGAGCUGAGAAACAAGUUUGUAGGCUUCCGGAACGGAUUAGUUUUGAGUGUCACUUAAUCCAGGUGGCCCUUCCGCAGUCGGAGCCCUCUUAGGGCAAAGGUGGUAUACACCUGCACAAAGGGCCUGGGCUCACAGAGGCUGCGGGAUGGAGCGGGGCGCGGGAGCCAAGCUGCUUCUGCUGCUGUGGGCGACGUGCUUCGGGCGUGCAAGAGCAGAUGCGUCCAGCGGCUACACAUUGGUCAUCGAGGUGACCAACGGGGGGCCCUGGGGCGACUGGGCCUGGCCAGAGAUGUGUCCUGACAGAUUCUUCGCCAGCGGGUUCUCACUCAAGGUGGAGCCCCCCCAAGGCAUUACUGGCGACGACACGGCUCUGAACGGAAUCCGGCUGCACUGCGCGCGCGGGAAUGCGGAGCUCAACACGCACGUGGUGGAGUCCCAGUCUGGAAGGUGGGGCGCGUGGAGUGAGCCGCUGUGGUGUCCCGGCGGCGGCUUCCUGGUGGCUUUCUCGCUUCGCGUGGAGGCACCCGUGACCCCCGGGGACAACACGGCUGCGAACAACGUGCGCUUCCGCUGCUCCGACAGCACGGAGCUGCAGGGGCCCGGUCUGUCCUGGGGAGACUUUGGAAACUGGAGUGAGCCUUGCCCUAAAGGAGUGUGCGGCUUGCAGACCAAGAUCGAGCGGCCUGGAGGCCUCCGCGAUGACACCGCUGUUAAUGACGCGCGCUUUUUCUGCUGCCGCAGUUGACACCAUCGCCGCCCUCUCCCAGCCCAAGCCUAGUCCCACCUCCGCUAUUAAAGCUUCUCUGUCUUGGCUUUGGUCUCUCUUGUUUUAGGGGUGGGAAACUGCGUAGCCCCAUCUUCCUCCUAACCUAGCA